AUGAGGCAAGAUGGCCGGGCGCUGGCACACCCCGCGCGGGCUGCCGGGGGCGGCCGCGCGCAUCCCGCAUGCGCCACGGCGCCGCCUCGCUCCACUGCGCCCGCGCGCCCCUCCUGCCCGCAGCAUCCGGAUCUCAGCGGCGGCUGCAGGCCCCGCGCCCGCCUCCUGCCCCGUCCCGGUUCCCCUCGCUCAGGCGCUGUCCCUCGCCCUUUCUGCCCUGCUGCAGCUGCCGCAGCCUCUGGGUUUCGCCGGGCCGCGGGCGGAGGACAGGAGCCCGCUGCAGCAUGGCCACGACCCCGCCCGGUGAGCGACUCUCGUAGGGCCGCGGCGGAGUGGGGCCGAGGGCGGGGCCUGAGGCGGUGGCGGGGCUCUGGGACCUACCCACCGGCAGCCGCCGUCGCCGUCCCCGACCUAGUGGCAGCGUUGUGCUGGCUGCGGCUGUCGCCCUUGGGUUCCGUGCAACUGCUUGGAGGUUGCGCCUUCAGCACAGAGGCUGCUGCGCGACCGACGUGUGAGAGGCGGAGCGGAGUGCGGGCUAAGGACCGCUGCCAAUUGCUCCCUGUUCCUUCUACAUCAAGGUCAGGCUUUGCAGAAUUCUCAGUUAAAGAGAGAAUGAGAGAGAAACUAAAAGCAGCAAGGUCAAAAGCAGAAACUACUUCAUUGCAAGAAGACCCUAGCCCACAACCAGUGAGUUUGAAAAGCAUCAGAGAAAGGAAAACAAAAAUAAGGCUGGAUAAAGAGAGAGGGGAAGAACUUAAGGAGGUGCAAAAGGAUGAAUCCCCCUUACCAUUAAAAACAAAUUUUCAUGAUUCUGUAAAAAACCUUAAGCAAGAGUCAACAUUUCAGCAUGAUUUUCCUUCUGCUGAAGAAUCAUAUAAUUUCUUCACCUUCAAUUUUGAUCCUGAACCAGAGAGCAUGAAGGCUGGAGCCAGGAAAAGGAAUGGAUUCAACGAAGAAGAGGAGGCGGAAGAAGAAUAUGUAGAAACCCAUGAGGAUGAACAAGAGGGUGAAAUGGAUGAAGACGCACGUCUAGUUAAAGACGAUGAUUUAUUCAUUAUAGGCCAGACAGACGAAGAUUUUCUAGUAAUGAAACCUGCUGAUUGUCAAAGGUACUUAGACCAACUGAAAGGGGAAAAAGAGUUUCUCUUCAUUCCCAGCAUGCUGGCAGUACCCACUUCUGAGAAGAUGCCUGGGAACAUGCAGCCUAGGUACCUUGAGGAUGAGGGUCUUUACACAGGAGAAAGGCCCUUUGUAACACAGUCUAAUCAAAAUACUUUAGAAAACAGAAUACUCAGACAGGAACAAGGAAAAGAGUGGUUUGGUGAAGAUGGCAAAGUGUUAGCAUUGCCAAAUCCUAUUAAACAGUCUUCUACUAGGCCUCCAAUAUUGUCAUUGGAAGAAGCAAUUGCACCAGAAUUUGAAACAGUGUAUAGAAAGGCAUUAAAAAUGACAGCUGCCCAUCAGUAUCUUGUUGGACCUGGAGAUUGUCAGGGGCCAUUUCAAUUGGAUAUUGAUAUUUCCGGACUAAUAUUCACCCAUCAUCCCUGUUUUAGCCGCGAGCAUGUGUUAGCAGCUAAACUGGCUCAGUUAUAUGAUCAGUAUUUAGCAAGGCGACAGAAGAAUCUUACCAAACUUCUCACAGACAAGCUUCAUGCUUUGAGGAAUGCUGUGCAGUGUAGUGUAGAUGAUGGUGGUGCUGGUGUUCCUAGGCCUGUGGCACAGCAGAGCAUACCUGAAUACAAAAUUGAGAUCAGGCAAACCAGAAGACUUCGUGAUGCUGAAGAAGAAAAAGACAGAAUGUUGCUCAAGACCAUUAUAAAAGUUUGGAAACAGAUUAAAUCUCUCCGUAACUUUCAGAAGUUUGCUAACACCCCUUUGAAACUUUAUUUGAGGAAGGAAGAGGUUGAUCAGAGAUUAGAUGAAAAAGCAUAUGAAGCAGAAAUUCAGGCUGAGAUAAGCGAAUUACUAGAAGAAUAUAUGGAAGAAUAUGAAAAGAAAAUGGAGGAGUAUAAAACUGAGCUACAAGAGUGGAAAUCCUGGAAGAAGAUGCAGAAGUCCAAGAAGAAAAAGAAAAAAGACAUUCCUGACGAAGAAUCAUUAGAAGAUGGUGAUCUUGGUGAGGAACGUCUAAAACCCAUCCCACCUAAAAUGGCCAGUAGCCUUGAAAUAGAGCAGCAGGUUAGAGAAAAAGCUGACAACUGCAGGAGGAAGCCUGGAGAGCCUGCUCUAAUUCCUGAACUGGUCCUGUCAGGAAACGUAACUGCAACGGAUCUGUGUCCUCGGGGAGAAGCUUUGCGCCGAGAAGAUGUGAAGAAACGCUCAGCGUUUGUCAAAGUCCUUUUCAACUCCAAAGAAGUAUCAAGGACUGUUACCCGACAGAUAAGUUCAGAUUUCAGAGUUCGCUUUGGACAGAUUUUCAAUUUACAAAUAUUCAAUUGGCCAGAGAGUUUGGAACUACAGAUAUAUGAAACAACAGGUAUGAGCAGUACUACCUUGUUGGCUGAAGUGUUCCUACCUGUUCCUGAGACUACAGUUCUGACAGGCAGUGCUCCUGUAGAAGAAAUAGAGUUCAGCAGCAAUCAGCGUGUGAUGUUAGACCAUGAAGGAGUUGGGAGUGGUGUGCCCUUUUCUUUUGAAGCUGAUGGUACCAACAAAAUGUCUUUAAUGACCUCUGGGAAAGUAUCCAAUAGUGUCUCUUGGGCAGUUGGAGAAAAAGGAAUCCCCUUAAUUCCUUCAGUAUCUCAGCAAAACACAGGCAUUCCAAGUGCUUUAAAAAAUAUUGAUGCUGUUGCAUCCAUUGGCACAUCAGGCUUAACUGACAUGAAGAAACUAGCGAAGUGGGCAGCAGAAGCAAAACUUGAUCCAAAUGACCCAAACAAUGCAGCUCUGAUGCAGCUGAUCAUGGUUGCUACAAGUGGAGAGGCACACGUUCCUGAUUUCUUCAGAUUGGAACAGUUGCAGCAAGAAUUCAAUUUUGUUUCUGAUGAGGAAUUUAAUAGAUCAAAGAGAUUCCGACUCUUGCAGCUCAGAAGUGAGGAGGUGACAGAGUUCCGAAACUAUAAGCAAGUCCCUUUACAUGAACGAGAAAUCAGUGACAAAGUCUUCCAGGACUAUGAGAAGAGACUGAAAGAGGGAGAUGUGAUUGACAGCAAAAAUUACCUGGAUGCACACAGAGCAGUUGUUGCCAACUAUCUGCAGAAGGUUCGAGAAUCAGUAAUAAACCGUUUCCUUGUAGCAAAACACUGUUUCCUUCACUCUGACCUUGUCAAUGAAGAGGAGAUUCCCAGCCUGGGUAUUAUGGGACUCAGCCUCUUUAAACUGACAGAGCCAAAACGUCCGUUAAAGCCAAGAAGAAAAGAAAGGAAGAAGGUCACAGCACAGAACUUAUCAGAUGGAGACAUAAAACUGUUGGUGAACAUCAUUAGAGCUUAUGAUAUUCCAGUGAGAAAACCAGUGAUGAGCAAACUUCAUCAGCCUUCCAAAUUCUCGAGGUCUUUUAAUGAGAUGUUUGCAGCCUCUCCAGCAGCUCACAUCCCAACUGAUAGCCCAGACUGGGCAUUCAACCAGGUCUUGGUCCGUCCUUUUGUAGAAGUUUCUUUCCAGCGAACAGUCUGCCGGACCACAACAGCAGAGGGUCCAAACCCCAACUGGAACGAGGAACUCGAGCUUCCGUUUAGAGCUCCUAACAAUGACUACAGCACCCACAGUUUGCAGUCGGUAAAAGAUGAAGUCUUCAUUAAUGUUUUUGAUGAAGUGUUUCAUGAUGCUGUAGAGGAUGAUCAUGAAAGAGGAAGUAAAAUCCGCACCCAUGUUGAGAGACACUGGCUGGGAUGUGUUAAGAUUCCAUUUACUACCAUAUACUUUCAGUCAAGGAUUGAUGGUACAUUUAAGGUGAAUAUUCCUCCUGUCCUCCUUGGCUACAGCAAAGAGAAGAACCUGGGAAUCGAGAGAGGUUAUGACCCUAUGCACAGUCUGAGUGAGGGCUCCUACAUAACCCUGUUCAUUACCAUUGAACCACAGCUCAUUCCUGGAGAGGCAGUCAAAGAGAAGAUGAAUGAAAUGCUUAAGAAGUUUGAUACCCAAGAAGAUGAGAAAUUGCUCCAGGCAGCAGAAAAGUAUGAAGCUGAGUGCACAUCGAAGUUUCCAAGCCGCCAGUGCUUAACGACUGUGAUUGACCUCGAUGGGAAAACAGUUUUUAUUACCAGAUAUAUCAGACCUUUGAAUCCACCACAGGACCUUCUUGAUGCUGCCCCAGAUAGUUCUCAAACUGCAGCAGAGGUGGUGGCUCGUUACGUUGCUCUCAUUCCUUUUCUGCCAGAUACUGUGUCAUUUUCUGGAAUUUGUGAUUUAUGGAGUACAUCAGAUCAAUUUCUCUAUCUUCUGGCGGGAGAUGAGGCAGAACAUGCUGUGCUCUUGUGUAAUUAUUUUCUUGGUAUGGGAAAAAAAGCCUGGCUUGUCAUUGGAAAUGCUAUUCCUGAGGGACCAACUGCAUAUGUAUUAACUGUGGAGCAGAGUCAGUAUGUGAUUUGGAACCCCAGUACUGGCAGUUUCUAUGGCCAGUAUGAUACUUUUUGCCCUUUACAAAAUGUGUACUGUCUGAUCAGCUGUGAUAAUAUUUGGUUUAAUAUGCAAGAAUAUGAUUCCCCAGCAAGGAUAACUUUUGAUACCAGCAAACCCAAACUUUGGAAGUCUUUCUUUUCAAGAAGCUUGCCAUAUCCUGGUCUCUCCAGCAUUCAGCCUGAAGAAUUAGUUUAUCAGCGCUCAGACAAGGCUGCAGCGGUGGAACUUCAGGGCAGGAUUGAAAAAAUAUUAAAAGAUAAGAUUAUAGAAUGGAGACCAAGGCACCUAACUCGUUGGAACAGAUACUGUACUUCGACCCUGCGUAACUUUUUGCCACUCCUGGAACAAAAACAAGGCAAAGAUGUUGAAGAAGACCAUCAGGCAGAGCUGCAAAAGCAGCUAGGAGAUUACAAGAUCUCUGGAUUUCCUAUUCAUAUGCCAUUUUCUGAAGUCAGACCUUUAGUAGAAGCUGUGCACAGCACAGGGGUUCACACCAUUGAUGUUGCCAGUGCUGAAUUUGCCCUGGCUGUGUACGUUCACGCUUACCCACAGAGCGUUCUCUCAGUCUGGAUUUAUGUUGCCUCACUUGUGCGAAACAGGUAACACCUGCAUGUACAGCCCGGGACAGACCAGGCAGGAUGGCUCAGGGAAUUUACUUAGGCAGGGAGAAGUGUAAAAGAUUUCUCACACUACUUGGGAUAGCUCAAAUCAGCAUUGUAAAAGUUGAAUGAGGACCUGGUGUUUAGUAGCUGCAAACACGAGCGGUAUUCACCCUAAAACCACUGAGAGACCACUUGUAACUGCUCAGGAAGAGACUGACAGUUUAACUUAAAUUCCAGUACUAAUACCUGAUUUUUACACAGUAUUUUAUAGCUCCCAGUGGGACAUCAUACUCUUAAAAGCAUUACACAUGUCCGCAUGUAGUGACAUUGCAGCAUAAAAUGGUGGACUUCAGCCACCUUAUUUUCAGGUGACACUUGGUUUCUGGAAUUGUGCCUUGAAGACCAUGGCAAAAACAAAUAGUUUAAGAGUCUUCAGUACCUGAAUUAAUUUCAAGCACCAAAGAACCAUCAGUGAAGGCCAUACUUCAGUUUUUAAGAGGCUGCUUCAUAUUUAAUGUUUUUGUAUAAUUAGAGGUGCAAGACAACAUUUUCUUUAGAGGUCAGAAGCAGUUUAAUAAAUAUUUUUAG